CUUACAGUGAUGUGCAAUUGGCAGCUGCAUAUAUUCUCUCUCACUCUCUCUCUGGCUUGUAGCUCUUCCCCAACUCUCCCGUAACUUCUCUCAGUGUUCUAUUAGCCGACCACUAGUUUAUAGCGAUGAAGGAGAUGGUGGUGCUCUACCCGGGGAUGGGCGCGGGCCACCUGGCGCCCACGGUGGAGCUGGCCAAGCUCUUCCUCCGUGAUGGCUUGGCCGUCACCGUCCUCGUCGUCGACCCCCCAUUCGAGGGCCGCUCCGACGACGACGACUCAUUCAUCGCCGCCGCCACCGCCUCCGCUCACCCUUCCCUCUCCUUCAACCAUCUCCCCAUCUCCCUCCCCCCCAAUCCCCCCACCGACCCUGUGAUCCUCAUGUUCGACAUCCUCCGCCAGGGCGCGACCCACCUCCGCGCCGUACUCACCUCCCUCUCCGAGACCUCCGCCGUCCGCGCCCUAGUCGUCGAUUUCUUCUGCACCGAGGCCCUCGACGCCGCCGCCGAGGUGGGCAUCCCCUCCUAUAUCUUCUUCAGCAGCGGCGCCGCCAACAUCGCCUCCUUCCUCUACCUUCCAAUCCUUCACUCCGCCGUUCCUGGCAGCUUGAAAGAUCUUGGAGACGCCCCGAUUAACUUCCCGGGCCUCCGGCCGAUCCCGGCUUCCGAUAUGCCGGCUACACUCCAAGACCGGAACGACGAGUGCUACAAACGUCUCCUCUUUCACUUCGAGCGCUUACCGAGAUUCGACGGCAUCCUGAUCAACACCUUCGAGUCGCUGGAGCCGCGGGCGGUAACGUCUCUCAGAGACGGCGUCUGCCUUCCCGGCCGUCCGAUGACUCCCACCUACUGCAUCGGGCCGUUGAUUGCUGAUGGGAGAGCCAGCGGAGGGAAAGACAAGCAGGAGUGCAUCACGUGGCUGGACUCGCAGCCAAAGGCUAGCGCGGUGUUCUUGUGCUUCGGGAGCGGAGGCUCCUUCUCCGCGGAGCAGCUCAAGGAAAUGGCUACCGGAUUGGAAAAGAGCGGCCAGCGGUUUCUCUGGGUGGUGCGGGCCCCACGGAACGAGGACCCAUCCGAUAUGUCCGAACGGGAUCUGGGGGCGAUUUUGCCAGAGGGGUUCCUGGACCGGACCAAGGUUAGGGGUGUGGUGGUGAAGUCGUGGGCCCCGCAGGUGGAGGUGCUGGCCCACGAGGCGGUGGGAGCGUUCGUGACCCACUGCGGAUGGAACUCCACGCUGGAGGGCUUGUGCGCCGGGAUGCCGUUGAUUGGGUGGCCUUUGUACGCGGAGCAGAGGAUGAAUAAAGCGAUGCUGGUGGAGGAGUUGAGGCUGGCGGUGGCGGUGGAGGGAUACGACAAGGGGGUGGUGAGCGCCGCGGAAGUGGAGGCGAAGGUAAAGUGGGUGAUGGAGUCGGAGGGAGGGGAGGGAGCUGGACGGGCGACGGCGAUGGCAGCGAAGGCGAAGGAAGCGUGGGGAGAUGGCGGGUCCUCUCAGGCGGCGUGGGUGGAGUUCGUGAAGGUUUUGAAGUGUGGUGGCAACGGAGCGCGUGAAUGAUUUGAUGAGCGUACUGGCUGGGAUUUUGGAUGGAUUUUGUUUCCUUUUCACAGUUGUUUUGCUUGCACGUGUCACGGAGCAACAGUGUCUGGUCCUUCUGUUACCUAGCUGGUGACAUUAUUCGGUUAGUAAGCGUCACCAAUAUAUUGCUUGUGAA